CACGGGUCCGCACUCGGGCUCGUAGCCGCAGGGCUGCCUCUGAAUCACAGUCCAGAAAGAAGAAACAAUCAAGUUGACUGAAGUUGAGCGGUUGUCUCGGGGAUUAAGAACGAGGCCAUGCCAGUGCUUUCGGAGGACUCAGGAUUGCAUGAAACUUUGGCCCUUUUGACGUCUCAGCUUAGACCAGAUUCAAAUCAUAAAGAGGAAAUGGGAUUCCUUAGGGAUGUCUUCAGUGAAAAGAGUCUCAACUACCUGAUGAAGAUUCAUGAAAAACUCCGUCAUUAUGAAAGGCAGAGUCCAACUCCUGUUUUACACAGUGCAGCAGGAUUAGUUGAAGAUGUAAUAGAAGAAUUGCAGACUGCACCAGUGAAUCACGAAGAAAAAGAGCUGCUUCAGUUGCUGUCAACACCGCAUCUCAGGGCAAUGCUUUUAGUACAUGACACCGUAGCACAGAAGAACUUUGACCCUGUCCUUCCACCUCUGCCUGAUAACUUUGAUGAUGAUUUUGAUGAGGAAUCGGUGAAAAUUGUUCGCCUAGUGAAAAACCAAGAACCCUUGGGAGCUACCAUCAGAAGAGAUGAGCACACAGGAGCUGUGAUUGUCGCCAGGAUCAUGCGAGGAGGUGCAGCUGAUCGCAGCGGUCUUGUCCAUGUUGGAGAUGAACUAAGAGAAGUCAAUGGUAUUACUGUGCUUCACAAACGACCGGAAGAAAUAAGUCAGAUUUUGGCUCAGUCUCAGGGAUCAAUAACACUAAAAAUAAUUCCAGCCAUCAAAGAAGAAGAUCGUCUAAAAGACAGCAAGGUGUUCAUGAGGGCACUUUUCUGCUAUAAUCCCAAUGAAGACAGAGCUAUUCCUUGCCAGGAGGCUGGGCUGCCAUUUAAGAGAAGACACGUCCUAGAAGUUGUAAGCCAAGAUGAUCCCACGUGGUGGCAAGCAAAGCGUGUUGGCGAUACCAACCUGAGAGCAGGCUUGAUCCCCUCAAAACAGUUCCAAGAAAGACGACUGAUUUACAGAAGAACAAUAGGCACCCUGCCCAAUCCGAGGACUGUGAAGAAACCAGUAUAUGAUCAGUCUUCUGAUAAAGAAGACUGUGACUGCGAAGGAUAUUUCAAUGGCCAGUACAUAGCUGGCUUACGCAGGAGCUUUAGAUUAAGUCGUAAAGAGAAGGAGAACAAUGUGAAUGAAGGAAAGCAAGCAGAGCAGACAGACACAGCAGAGUUCCUGACUUAUGAAGAGGUCACAAAAUACCAGCAGCAGCCUGGUGAACAGCAGAGGCUGGUGGUUUUGAUUGGUUGCCUGGGGGCCAGAUUAAGUGAACUCAAGCAGAAGGUCGUGUCAGAGAACCCGCAGGAGUAUGGUGUGGCAGUUCCACAUACAACCAGGUCAAAGAAAAGUCAUGAGAAAGAGGGAGUAGAAUACAAUUUUGUCUCUAAGCAAUCCUUUGAGACAGAUGUGCAGCAAAACAAAUUUGUGGAACAUGGAGAAUACAAGGAAAAUCUGUAUGGUACCAGUCUUGAGGCAAUCCGGUCCGUGAUGGCCAAAAAGAAGGUUUGUUUGGUGGAUGUGGUACCUGAAGCAGUAAAGCACUUGAGGACUCCUGAGUUUAAGCCUUAUGUUAUCUUUGUGAAGCCUCUUGUUCCAGAAAAGAAGAAACAUGUCCUAAAGUCUCCCAUGUCAGAAGAAAUCUCAGUUCCUCUUCAGGAUGAAGAACAGCAGGAAAUUAUUAAUUCAGCAGCAUUCAUUGAAGAGCAGUAUGGCCAUUUAAUUGACACUGUACUGGUGAAAGAAGAUCUCCAGAGCGCUUGUAAUCAGCUGAAAACUGUGUUAGAGAAACUAAACAAGGAUUCAUUUUGGGUGCCAGUCAACUGGGUUAGGUCAUAGCUUGUUAUCAUCUGUUUAAGGCAAAGACACUAUAAAAAUGUCUUGUAAAUACAUGGAUUAGAAAAGGGGACUAUGUCAAAUUCACCUCAAAACUGCUGGUCUGUCUAGAAGUUAAUACAUAUAGACUGUAUCGGGAAGAACUCAAAGUCAGAAGCAGACACUGCCUUCCUAAAUGAGAAUCUUGCAUAACAGAUGCUAACACUCAGCCUGAACAGUGCAGUAAAAUAUUGGAGUGACUUUUAGACUGUAAAUAGUGCAUUUUGUACAGUGAAGUUUCACCGAGGGCCCUACACUUCCAAACCAUUUAAGCAGUGCUAGGGCACCAACCAGUGGAAUCUUCAGCCUUUGGACACAAAUUCUGUAGCAAGAGUUAAGAUACUUUUCAGGAACCACUACGCCUACAGAACACAGUGCUUCAGGGAUGGAGGGAUGUCCUUUGGAGAGUGCUUACACAGUUACUGGUCACUCAGAAGUUCAAUUGGCUGUCAGGCCAGCAGAAAAUGCUUCCCUUCACUCAGGAUCAUUAAUUGCAAAUCCUCUCCCAUUAGGCAUUAAAACUAGGCCAGUUCUACAAGUUGUAGGUAUCCUAGUGCCUGGGGGGGGUUAUGUCAAUCCCACAUUGCCUCCAAGUUGUCUUGCACAGGUAUGCUCAUCCCAGUCUCUUCCUACUGCCACAGGACAAAUGUUAAAACAACCUGUGAACACCCCUGUGUGACUGGGCAGCUCAUAACCCAGAGACAUUUUUUAGUCUACAUGAGAAUAACUGCAUGUGACUUAAAACAGGACUUUUAAGAAGCCUAUUUUCUACAAGACAUCUUUGCAGAUGCCACCUGAUGGGAUACCACCUUGACAACAACAUAGCAGCUCCAAAAAGGGCAAUAUAAGGAGGCUGAAGUACAAAGUAAAUGAGCAACUGGCCCAAAUCAUCAUACUUCCAGCAUUUAUGACUGUUCCAAAUCAAUUAAAGACGUCUAGUUGGCUCCAUCAAGUCCUGAAGAAGAAAUCUUAAUCGUGAAGAGGACUUUGUCUAUAUUUCAGGAGAUUUGAAUAUACAGCAUUUUUAGAUGGGUGUUAAGAAAAGGCAGAGAGAUGAUUCUGGAAGCACCUAAGCUUUAUUUGAAAACUGGAUAUUGUACAGGUAUGUGUUAGUUGAAACUAGUUCCUGUUUUCCACUGCCUGCUGAGAUCUAACCUUUCCCGUGUACCAUGCCCCUUAACAAAACCUUUUGGUGCACCAGUCUCUUUCCUUGCAUCUUAACAGUAUGCUGUUAUUCUUGUUCCACUGCAUUUAGCAAAACCAACAAUGUUGCAUAUUAAAAGCACUUUUCUUACA